CUUCAGGCCAGCUGUUCCCUCCUGCAGCAAGCUGCGGCACAUCAUCGACGAGAUGGUGACCACGGAGCGGGAGUACGUCAGGUCGCUGUGCUACAUCAUUGAAAGCUACUUCCCUGAGAUGGAGCGCCUGGAUCUGCCCCAGGACCUGCGGGGGAAGCGCAGCGUCAUUUUUGGGAACCUAGAGAAGCUCUAUGACUUCCACAGUCAGUACUUCCUGCGAGAGCUCGAGAGCUGCUGCAACCACCCGCUGCGCGUCAGCCACUGCUUCCUGCGGCACAAAGACCAGUUUGGGAUGUACGCCUUAUACAGCAAGAACAAGCCAAAGUCAGACUCGCUGCUGGCCAGCCAUGGGAACACCUUCUUCAAGUUCAAGCAGGUGCAGCUGGGGGAUAAGAUGGAUCUAGCCUCCUACCUGCUGAAACCCAUACAGCGCAUGAGCAAAUAUGCCCUGCUCCUGAAGGACCUGAUCAAGGAGUGCAGCGAGGCACAGGAGCAGGAGCUGGGCUACCUCCGGGCAGCAGAGGAGAUGGUGAAGUUCCAGCUACGGCAUGGGAAUGACUUGCUGGCCAUGGAUGCCAUCCGUGACUGCGAUGUGAACCUGAAGGAGCAGGGGCAGCUGGUGCGGCAGGACGAGUUUGCCAUCUGGCUGGGCCGCAGGAAGUGCCAGCGCCACGUCUUCCUCUUUGAGGACCUGAUCCUGUUCAGCAAGCCCAAGAGGAUCGAGGGUGGCUUUGAUGUGUAUAUCUACAAGCGCUCCUUCAAGACUGCAGACAUCGGUCUGACGGAAAACUCUGGGGACAGUGGGCUGCGUUUUGAGAUCUGGUUCCGAAGGCGGAAGUCCAGUGACACUUACAUCCUCCAGGCCAGCUCAGCUGAGACCAAGCAGGCCUGGACCAGUGACAUUGCCAAGAUCCUGUGGCAACAGGCAGCCCGCAAUAAAGGUGUGAUUCCUUCCCAGGGCGUCUGUGCCGCAAAAGAAAUCCGCAUGCAGGAGAUGGUCUCCAUGGGUGUGGGCAACAAACCAUUCCUGGAUAUCAAACCCAGUGAGGCUGCUAUCAAUGACCGUGCUAUUGACUACAUCAUGAAAGGCAGAGCUGCCAGGACCAGAGCAUCAAUCGCAGUGUCUCUCUUCGACCAUUCCAACCCCUACAAGAGGACGCAGGCGCAGCUCUCUGCUGGCAGCACCCCUGCUGCAUAUGGCCCGUCCUCCUCCUCACUGCUGGGGCCCCUCAACCUGCACAUGUACCUGGACCAGGCGCUGCUGCCCAGUGUCCUGGCCCCCCGGCGCCCCUUUGAUGUCAGCCCCUGCAUUGAGGAAGAUGAGCUGGAGCAUGAGACGAGCAGCCAGCCGUCACUGACCACAGAGAGCUCCGAGUCAUCGCACUGCAUGUCAGGCAGCGGCUCCAGCGGCUCCGACAGCGGCUGUGUCUCCAGCAUCCCUCAAGAAAGCUUCUGUGAAGACGUGGGUUCACCCCCUUACGUGCCCCUGGGCUCACAACACAGCUCUGCGAUGGAGGGCAAACCUCGGUUCACGAACAGCCAGUACAUUUCUGCAGUUUGAUUGCCAUUUCAAACUCACUGAAGACCCCAGGCCUCUGACCAGCAGAAGGAGACAGUCUUCAUCUGUGAAGAUGUUUUUACACUUAAGCGGGCUCUGUCAGACAGCACAAAAGCUGACCUCUGGCAGGGGGAAGCCCAGGAAGGUUUCUGCCAGCUACGCUUAUAGCUCUGGUGUUGGAUGGGACCUCGGGCAUCUGAAACUUGUUAGCCCUAUAUUUAUAAGUAAUAAGUAACAUAGCUGUUUGAAAAAAAAUGUAUUAUUUUUAAAGCUAUGUGCUGUACAGAUUUUUGUUACAAGUGACCCUGUUACUAUUUGUUCCGUAAGCUGCACAUUUUAUAAAGUUUUUGGAAGGGCAAGAAGAGAAACCAAGGUAUUUAAGAAAAGUAGAGUAACUUUCCGUUUCAGGGUUAUAUUGACCUGGAGCUCGAGCUUAAUGUCCUUCCUUAUGUUCUAAAUAUGUCUAUCAUAGCAAUAAUUUAUUUUCUUGGCUUAACACUCCUGUUUUAAUAAAAGCGAGUUUCAUUGUUACAGUGAAUUGUUUUCUUCAGACCAUUCUUCCAGUGCCUCGGUGCUGAGCUUCUCUGUCUUAACCCCCUGCUCUCCUGCACUAACCCACCAGCUCGCUGUGCCCAGUAGGAGUGCCUUCCCCCAGGUGAGGUGGGGGCAGGGGAGGGGGCUGCGUGCUGGGGGCUGAGCUGUGCCCCCAGCUCCUCUGUGCAGCUGCUGGGCCAGUUCUCAAUGGGCAGCAGCAACCUCAGGCUGCUGCAGGGCCAGCUGCAGGGGCUGUGAGCAGCCAGACUCAGACCACGCGUUAUCCUAAACUUGUUCCUCUGACUCUGGAAAUUCCUGUACUGUACGUAAAACACCUGUUUAUUUUUAAUAAGGUGAAUGUGUUUCGUUUUUUUUUUUUA